UUAUCAUUUAUAUAGAAACACACAGCAAUGCUCCGGAAUUGGUUGAAUUUAAAUCAGCGCGGUUGUCAAUUGGUUGAAGAUCUGUUAAUCGCUGGAAUGCGGCGUAUAAAAGAUCAUGUUGUUCAAGGACACCCAUCAGAUGUCUUUCGAAUUUCGAAUCGUAGCGUUUAUUUUUCGACCACCUGUUGCUCACCGAAACUCAAUAUGACUAGUGUAAUCCAUAAAAACAUUUGGGAGACAGAUCCUGAACUUUUUGAACUGAUGAAAAAAGAAAAAAGGAGACAAAAAGUUGGCCUUGAAUUAAUUGCUAGUGAAAACUUUACAUCCCUUAGUGUACUUCAAUGCUUAAGUUCUUGUCUUCAUAAUAAAUACAGUGAAGGUCUCCCUGGUCAAAGGUAUUAUGGAGGAAAUGAAUAUAUUGAUGAAAUUGAAUUAUUAGCACAACAACGUGCUUUAGAUGCAUUUAAUUUAAAUCCAAAGGAAUGGGGUUGUAAUGUACAACCGUACUCAGGAAGUCCAGCUAAUUUUGCUGUGUAUACAGGUUUAAUUGAACCUCAUGGGCGUAUAAUGGGAUUAGAUCUUCCUGAUGGAGGUCACCUUACUCAUGGUUUUUUUAAUGAAGCUAAGAAAGUUUCUGCAACAUCAAUAUUUUUUGAAUCAAUGCCAUAUAAGGUGGAUCCUCAAACAGGUCUAAUCGAUUAUGAUAAAUUAGCUGAAAAUGCAAGACUAUUCAAGCCAAAAAUUAUAAUAGCAGGUGUAUCUUGCUACAGCAGAUGUUUAGAUUACAAACGGUUUAGAGAAAUAGCAGAUGAAAAUAAUGCUUAUCUCUUUAGCGAUAUGGCCCAUAUAUCAGGAUUGGUUGCAACUGGAGUAAUUCCCAGUCCAUUUGAGUACAGUGAUGUUGUAUCAACCACUACGCAUAAGACACUGAGAGGUCCUCGAGCUGGUGUUAUUUUCUUCCGUAAAGGAGUUAAAAAUAUUGGGAAAAAUGGACAAGAAGUUAUGUAUGAUAUAGAAAAUAAAAUCAAUCAAGCAGUAUUUCCUGGUCUACAGGGUGGGCCACAUAACAAUGCGAUUGCAGGAAUUGCUACAACAAUGAAACAAGUUAAAUCUCCAGAGUUUCUUCAGUAUCAAAAACAAAUAGUAGCCAAUGCGAAGAGACUAUGUGCAGGACUUCAAAAACAUGGCUACAAGAUUAGCACAGAUGGUACUGAUGUACACAUGUUAUUAGUGAAUUUACGGCCUGUAGGUCUUACAGGAAACAAAGCAGAAAAGAUUUUGGAGGAUAUAUCUAUUGCCUGUAACAAAAACACUCUACCUGGCGAUAAAAGUGCCUUCAAUUCUAGCGGUAUUAGACUUGGCACACCGGCGUUAACUACCCGUGGUUUGGUUGAAGAAGAUUUUGAUAAAGUUGUUGAUUUCAUACAUCAAGGGUUGUUACUGGCUAAGGAAAUAACUAAAAUUUCUGGACCAAAAUUUGUUGAAUUUAAGAAAGUAUUGAGUACCGAUGAAUGUAUAAAAAAGAAAGUUGUAGCUUUAAAGGAAGAAGUGGAAACUUUUUCCUGUAAAUUUUCCAUGCCUGGUCACGAUACAUAUUGAUGAUACAAUAUCACAUGCUUAUACAUAUAUAUGUAUAUAUAUUUUUCUAAUGCAUUUAUUUUCAAACAGUUUUGUAAACUGAACUA